CAGAGGCAGCAGCAGCCUCGAAAAGACAGCAGCGACCCGAGGAGCCUGUGGUGGGAGUGGGCUCGGCUCUGCCCGAGUCCCUGCACCUGCUGCAAGCAUGAAGGACAGUGGGGACUCCAAGGACCAGCAACUCAUGGUGGCGCUCAGGGUCCGGCCCAUCAGUGUGGCAGAGCUGGAGGAAGGAGCCACCAUCAUUGCCCACAAGUUGGACGAGCAGAUGGUGGUUCUCAUGGACCCAAUGGAGGAUCCUGAUGACAUUCUUCGGGCGCACCGCUCCCGGGAGAAGUCCUACCUGUUUGAUGUGGCCUUUGACUUCACUUCCACCCAGGAGAUGGUGUACCAGGCCACCACCAAGGGCCUCAUAGAAGGCGUCAUCUCAGGCUACAAUGCCACUGUCUUUGCCUAUGGCCCUACAGGCUGUGGGAAAACUUACACCAUGCUGGGUACUGACCAUGAGCCGGGCAUCUACGUUCGGACCCUCAAUGACCUCUUCCGUGCAAUCGAAGAGACCAGCAAUGACAUGGAAUAUGAGGUGUCCAUGUCCUACCUGGAGAUCUACAAUGAGAUGAUCCGGGACCUGCUGAACCCCACCCUGGGCUACCUGGAGCUGAGGGAGGACUCCAAAGGAGUGAUCCAGGUUGCCGGAAUCACUGAGGUCUCCACCAUCAAUGCCAACGAGGUCAUGCAGUUGCUGAUAAAGGGGAACCAGCAGAGGACCCAGGAGCCCACGGCUGCCAACCAGACGUCCUCGCGCUCCCAUGCCGUGCUGCAGGUGGCUGUGCGCCAGCGCAGCCGGAUCAAGAGUAUCAUGCAGGAGGUGCGGCUGGGCCGCCUGUUCAUGAUCGACCUGGCCGGCUCUGAGCGCGCCUCCCAGACACAGAACCGUGGACAGCGCAUGAAAGAGGGGGCCCACAUCAACCGCUCCCUGCUGGCCCUGGGCAACUGCAUCAAUGCACUGAGUGACAAAGGCAGCAACAAGUAUGUCAACUAUCGGGACAGCAAGCUCACCCGGCUCCUCAAGGACUCACUGGGAGGAAAUAGCCACACUGUGAUGAUUGCCCACAUCAGCCCAGCAAGCACAGCCUUUGAGGAGUCCCGAAACACCCUGACCUAUGCCGGCCGGGCCAAGAACAUUAAGACAAGGGUGAAACAGAACUUACUAACUGUUUCCUAUCACAUCGCCCAGUACACUCAUAUUAUCCAGGACAUGCGCAGUGAGAUCCAGCAGCUCAAGGGCAAGAUCCAACAACAGGCUAGGCGGGGCCUGGCCCUGGGCCGGCUAGAUCGAGGUGACAUCCGCCACAUUCAAGCCGAAGUGCAGCUGCAGGCCGAAAUGAGGGCGCUGCAUGAGCAGCUCACCGGAACUUUUCAGCAGGAGAUGGAUGCGCGCAGGCGCCUGGUGGAGCUGGAGAAGCAGGCCACGGAGAUCGAACUUGAGAUCGACACCGUCAGCCGCUUGCUCAGCACCUCUGGUUGGAAGCACAAGAAAUCCCGAAAAGGCCUGAAGGGUCAAGAGGAGCGGAGGAAGAAGGAGAAAGAGUCCGAUGUGGGCAGUGACAUCCUAGAGCCACCCGAGGUGGCCUCAGCCCGGGACAGCAUCACUGCCCUGCUGGAGGAGCAGAAGAGGCUCCACAAGGAGAAGUUGGUGCUGCAGCAGCGCUGCCAGCAGGAGCUGCACACACGGUGCCAGGACCUGCAGGAGAUGCUGCUUCGGCUCAUCAGCUCUGAGGAGCAGCAGGAGGUGCUCAGUUUGCUGUGCCAGCUACACAGAUUUGAGAUGGAAAACACUGAGGUGCAGUCUCAUGCACUGCUCCACAUCUGUGACAAGAUCAUCUGGGGCCAGAAGCAGAUUAUUGAUGAUCACAACCUGCCGGUCCCCCAGCACCUAGAGAACCUCUACACAAUGUACCACCGUGAGCAGGAGGAGGUCAGCCUGGAGCAGGCCACCAUCACAGACCUGGUGGGCUCCAGGGCCCAGAAGGAGGGUUUCCUGCCCAAGAUCACCCCAGCGGAAGUCACACUAACCCCAGAUUCUGACCCGGAGAGCGUGAAUUCUGAAGCUAAGGACCUGCAAAACACUACCUUACCCUGCCUCACCACAGAGAGGGGGCCGGACCUCAGUGGCACCAGCCUGGUCAAUAGCCACUCAUCUUCUUCUGCCAUCAUCACCAAAGCCUACCUUGCACACACAGCCAGACCCUGGGCCUGGCCAGCAAAGACCUCCUGUGUGUCCAUCCCACCUCCCAUUCCAGUUGGCAGCCUGGUGACCCAGGAGGUCCCACCUGCAAACAGCCUGGGCUGCAACCGCACCUCUUCCCCCAACAGAGGUGAAAAGCUGUCAGAAAUCCCCUUGGACCCAAAAGAGGGGAAGGAGAGCCUCACCAAGUCCAUCUUAGCCAAGGCUGCCCGACAGCGCUCACAGGCCCAGGCCACUGAGCAGCGCCACCUGCUGGCACCUACCACGGAACGCACCAGUCUGUCUCUAAAUUCACUCAGCGAGGCUGAUGAUGCUCGGCCCCUGGGCUCCACGCUGCAGCAUGCAGCCAGCGACAACAACCUGUCCAGCAGCACGGGUGACGUCCCCUUAAGGGUGAUAGGGUAUCAGGCUGAUGGCCCUCGGCCCUGGCUGGCUGGCCAGAAGAAAACAGACAAGAAAAGAGAGGAGUCACUGGAGGAAAAGACAAGGAAGCAGAGGUCCCUUGAGGUCACAGGGCAAGGGCUCUCCCGCCCCAAGACACACGUCCCCCGUCCCCGUCCCCGAGAGAGCACCGUGGGCCACAAGGUGCCAGCGUACAGCCACCCAGCAGCCGGUAACCAGCAUCCAGGAACGGCUAGCCUGCCUCUGGCCCCAAUCAGACUCCCUCCCAGCGAGGGCGCCGGCUCUGGGGAUGCCUUACCCCUUACUGUCACCUCAAAGCCAGCAGGCAUUACCCGGCUGCCCACUCGUGGGCCACACCAACCCCAUGGCCCCCAGGACAAAGAUGGGCUCUUCCGACCUAACUGAGGAGCCCUGCCUGGGACCAGCUGCUCUGCCCUUGAGACUGAAUGGGGUGUAGCUGGGAAUGGGAAAUGGAGGGGGCCAGACGGGGAUCACACUGAACAGGAGCUCAGAAGCUCAGAAGGCGGGGGCUCCUGAGACCCAGAAAUUCUGGGGGUGUCUGCCCGACCCUUCCAUGCUUUCAUCCCCAGGGGCGGGAUAAGCCCAAGAGGCACAGCCUCCACCCUGGACACAGCGGUAUUGCCAAAACCCUGCACCGACCUGUGGCCAGUCUCGGCCCUGGCUGUGGGGGCGGAGCUGUAAGCACCACGGUGCUCCUGGCCCACAGCUGGGGCGAGGGCAUGGUGGAUCCUGGGAGAAGGGACCACCGGCCUUCACGUAGGGUGGGUGGGGCUGGGAAGGGAUCUAGGUUUGCUACUUUGCAAUGGCUUUUUCCCUCUUCCUCUUUACCCCCGUCCUCCCCCCGCCUUCCUUUUUAUUAAUAAAACCCCACUUGUGUUUUCAUG